CGGCCUGAGUGCUGAUGCUGGAUCAGCAUCGUUUGACAUAACCUCCAAUUCGGGUGUGUGUAGGCUGAUUCAGGAUCGGUUAGAAGUAGCUAGAUUGUAUAGCCUUUUGCGGUUUCAGGUUUCCGUACGUGAGGUAACAUUCGUAGCGUUUGUGUUCUCUGAUCCUUGGUUAACCCCGAAUAAACAUUCGAUUGCGCAUCCUGGAUAUGUGUAGCUAAAGUUGGUUCGCCAGCUAGUAGUUGGUAAACUGCGGUAGAUAGCUAGCUAAAUGCGCUUAAUAACCGCACGCUAUAGGUAGCUAGCUAACCCUAGACUCACAUUAGCUGGUAUAAUAGCUAAUGUUACCUACCAAUCUAGCUUGCCUUGGCUAGCUAGUUAUUGCCCCUGGCUUGGUUCUGACUGCCUAGCCAAACGGCUAACAUUAGUUGGCUAAUGUCACCCAGUUAAUACUAACGUUAAUUAUAAUUAGUUAUCACUUUUAACGUUUCUGUAGAAUCACACACUUCCCGAAACGAGUGCGUUUGGUUUAUUUUCUAUUAACCCAUUUGACCAAGCUCUGUGUGUACAAUGGCUGCGUGGGUGAAGGCACCUGGCAGUAGACGACCCCAACCGAUGCCCAACGGAGGAAACGUAAAGCCAUACCGGCCAUUCCGCAGAGCACCGUACCCGCUGAGAGAGGACCGAAACGAAGUCCAGGACGAAUCGCAAAGCUUUGAUGAGGCAUUGGAUCAGCAGCAUGACUACCCUGCUGGCACGGCGGAGUAUGAGAGAUACCAGCAUUCGCAAGGUGCCCCGGCGGACAAACGCAACGCGCUCUACCAGCGCUUCUACGCACAGGUGCAAGAGGACUACGAAAAGAGGCCUGCAGACUGCGUGCUCCUGUCUGUGAGCACCCAGAACAUGGAUUACGCAAAAACGAUAGGCCACUGUUUGCAGGAGCGCGGCCUCGCAAUGGAAAUGAUUUACCUGCAGGCGGAGUCAGGCCUGACGCGGGCCCUGCAGGACGUCCGGGCCCACGGCUCCCCCUUAUGUAUUCUCGUGGAGCAGACUAAUGUAGCGCUCUCCUCGUGCACUGUAAUCAUAUUUUCAGAGUCACUCAAAAUCCACCGCAACAUGCCGAAGGACCAGGCGAUGGAUUUUGUGAUGGCGGAGUUUGGGCGCGUGCAGGCGGAGCGCGAGGAGAAGGAGCCGGGCGAGAUGGCGUCCAAGGCGGCGCAGAUGGCGGAUGAUUACCUGGAGCGGGAGAAGCAGGAGCGCCACAGCGUGCCCUCCGCCACACGCCACCUGCUGCACCUGCUGGCCGAGGGCCUGCACCUCUACCCCGAGGACCUGGGCACGCUCGCCGAGUACGUGCGCUCCCGCCAGGACCAGCUGCAAGACACUGCUCCUGAAGGUGAGGAAGGCUCGUACCCAAUGAGGAGGAAGAUCCUGCCCAGCGGCUUGGGCAAACCGCCGCCCCUUCUGCCCACUCCCUCUGGGCCCCACGUCAGGGAGCACCCCCCUCUUCCCCCCAACACCAGUGAGCACCCCUCCGCUCCUCUACUGCCCACUCCAGGCUCUUAUCCAAAAACCAAGCCUCCCCCACUGCUGUCCAUGCAGGGUCGCCCAGGCCCCCCCCACGGGCCACCGCGUGGACCCCCACCCCAUGGCCACGGCCCACGGGGACCGCCGGCCCAUCACGGCCCGCCCCCUCCGCGAGGCCCCGCCCCUGUCCAUGGCCCGCUUCCUCCCCGCGGACCCCCGCCUGUCCGAGGGCCGCCCCCCCACGGGGCCCCCCCGUCUUUGAAGAGUCUCCAGAUGGGAGACCAGCCAGGCCUGCUGCCACGCCCAGGGGGACCCCCACGUCCCAGCCUGCCAAGGCACUGAGACCCCCCUCUCUCCCAUUCCCCAAACCCUUCCCACAGUGCAGUGAAAGACACCCAUCAUCCAGCAGGGCCUACUGCAGCCCCCCUGCUUGGGCUCACCCUGGCCACUGUGGUCCGCAACCCCGACUCAGGAGCACCACGGCUUCUCUUCUGAGUUCGUACGACAUUGCGAGGCUCUGCUGACCCCAACCCCUCCACAGCUCUGACACACCAGGCCCUGCCCCCUCCACAGCUCUGACACACCAGGCCCCGCCCCCUCCACAGCUCUGACACACCAGGCCCCGCCCCCUCCACAGCUCUGACACACCAGGCCCUGCCCCCUCCACAGCUCUGACACACCAGGCCCUGCCCCCUCCACAGCUCUGACACACCAGGCCCCGCCCCCUCCACAGCUCUGACACCCCAGCCCCCGCCCCCUCCACAGCUCUGACACACCAGGCCCCGCCCCCUCCACAGCUCUGUGAGGCCAGACCUCAUUCCCCUAAGCUAAAUAUGACUGAAUAUCGGGUUGUGACCUCUAUAGGGGCAUUGUGUGACUAGAUGCCCCACGACUGCAGAACAUUCCCAUGUUGUGCAAUGUUGCAAACGUCAGUUGGUCUCUCUCCCUUCCUCUCUGCUGAUUGGUGUCAGUACCUUACUCAUUGCUGAUUGGUUGAGAAUCCCUCCUCUUUACUUUGUUGCUUAUCUUCUCAAAAUCAGUUGCUUAAGAGACACCAAGAUCCUGAGUUUCGGAACCACAUAAACUCACUUCAUGACUCACUUAUUUGUACAGAGGUGUCAUUUAGGUUUGAAGUUGAUGAGGCAUUGUUGAUGUUCUUUAGGAAUGGCAUAUAAGCAUUUUGUUAAAAAAUGAAAAUGUUAAAAAUGGAGCAAUGUUAAAAUAACAAUGAUUUAUGUUUUGUUUUUUAUAAUAAAAGACUGAACCUUCUAAUCUUUUGAAAAGGUCAGGUGCUGUAUGUGCUCCCGGCACAGCCAAUCCGAAGUUAGGCUUCAUAUUGCACUUUCAUUUGUAUAUGGUCACUCCAGUAUUGUUUUAAAGUCUGAAAUUUUCUUGUCAUUAAAAGUCAUCCUGACUCCAUGCA